AAAGGGGAGAAAUUCAGUUGCCUAUUUGGUCAAUCAUAAUGUCUGAUUAUAUGUUUAUUAUUUUUAUUUCAGUUUACAUGACAGAAAGAUCAAAGAUGCACAGAUGCGUGCAACAAUCAAUCAAAAACUUGUUGAAACAGGCGAAAGAGAAAGGCUGAAGGAGUUAUUGAGGACAAGACUUGUAGAGUGUGGCUGGAGAGACCAGUUAAAGCAAUACUGUAAAGAGGUAGUAAAACAAAAGGGUUUAGAGCAUAUUACAGUAGAUGAUCUUGUGGCUGAAAUCACUCCAAAAGGCAGAGCAUUGGUACCGGACACAGUGAAGAAAGAAUUGCUGCAGAGAAUCAGGACAUUCCUCGCUCAACAAAGCUGAAAUCUGUGAUAUCAUCAUUUCUUAUCAUCACUAUCAUCAGAUAUUCAUCAACCGCUUGAUGUUUGUCAGUGACUUCUUAAAAUAUCUAAUUUGUAAACUCCAGUAUAGGAGCUGAAAAACAAUAACAACAAACAAGCUUAACUGUGUACAUUUUAAAAAAAACUUUGACAGGCACUUGUUGCCUUUUUGGUAUUAUCAGUGUAAUUCUAUUAAAUACAAUAGAACUUUAAAUAAUUUCUUAACAUUUGUUUCUUUUCUUGUCCGUCUCUAUAGUGUCUAAACGUUGAAUGUUGUUUUUCUAUUUAAUUGAUUAUACAAUUAAUUAACUGUCAUUGGUUUUCCAAAUGGUUCAUAUGGCUAUGUAAAGCAGAGAAUAGCUGAAAAAAUUCUUGCAAAAAUAAGAUAUAUAGGUUUAUCACACACCCGUGCCGAUUUUGCGACUCCGUAAAUAUGGUAUUACACGGCUGUGCAUAUAUUUUUAGCGUUAUACAAACAUAGUGUAAAGACGCACUAAAUGUUAGUGUUACACUAUAGGCGCGUCAAUGAAAAAUGACUCUUAUUUCACUUUAAACGGUCUUCAUUUUGGGUAUGUGAUAAAUAGAAUAUUCAAUUCGUUUAAGUUCAUUACUGAAUUUAUUGCACUCGUUGGAUAAAAUAAUAUGCUUGUCAGAGGCUUGCAUAAUAUAAUUUUAUUCAACUCGUGCAAUAAUUUCAGUAUUGAACUUACACUCAUUCAAUAUCCUCUAUUUAUUUAUUAUUGUUAAAUAUAAUAAAUUUUGUUGGAUUUAAUAACAUUUAACUUAAGAAACAUUCACAGUUUGGACAUAAUGGAGAUUUCUUGAUCUAGUUUACUUAUUUUGAUACAAAGGUAUAUUGGAACUAAACAUUCUAAUUUUCAUAUCAUGUAUUUGCCAUAGACAGGACUACAGAAAAUUGUAAGGAUUUUUGCCCUAGGUUUGUUUUUUUAAGGCCAUGGAAUAUU